UAAUAACAACCCAAUUUCUACAUUUCCUUCAGAAACCCAACAAUGGCUUCAUCUUCAUCUUCAUCUUCACCGUCAUCUUCUUCUUGGGAGAACCCAAAAAUUUCCAGAGAAGAAAUCAAGCUGUUCCACACCAUCGACAGAGUCAUCUUCGCCAGGCUUGUUUUGAACCUUAGACGUGAUCCAGGCGAGUCCAUGCACGUCAUGGCUCUACUCCUUUGGAUCGAACACUAUAGCAGCUAUGCUGGGAACUUGAUUCACAACAUCCAAUUCUGGCCUGAUACCCUUAUCAAUUCAUUGGCUGAUGAGGUUGUCCAAUGCUUAAAUUGUAUAAAGAGUAGUAAGUUCCCUUUCAGUCAGUUAAAAGGCGCUACCUCUAUCAUUCCUUUGAUUCGAAAGUUAACAAAAAACGAGGUUUCUCUCCGUCUCUUUCAUGAUCAUCGUCUCGGGAUUAUUCGUGGGAUGGUUCAACUUGUUGAGGAUGUUUGUGUUAGAGCCUUUGAUGAUAUAUUGCAACAGGCAUUGGGAUUGAUCAAUCCAAUGACUGCCAAUCAAGAGAGAUCAAUCGACCAAAGUUUGAAGCCACUAAUGUUUUCUGGACCAUUGAUUAGGCCAACAAUGCCUGUUCACAACUAUAAUAAUUCUGGGGUUGGAAACUUUGGUGAUCAGAACAUAUUGGGAAAUCAGCAAAUAUUUAGGCCUCAUACCAGUAGGGGCCAAUCGGGUUAUUUCCAUGGAUUUGAUCCUAAUGACCUUAACCUUAGGGCUCAAAGAAAGACUCUGAACAAUGAAAUGGAGGAACUGUUGAACCGCAUACACAAUAUUUGCAUUAACAGCUUGGAAGAGAAUAAUAAUAAUAAUAAUAAUAAUAAUAAUAAUAAUAUUGCGGAAUUCGAAGAUGAUGAUGAUGAUGAUGAGGAAUUCGAAGUGGCAGCAGAUGAUAGAACUAUUUUCUUAACAUUCUCUAAAGGGCACCCCAUUUCGAAGGAUGAAGUGACAGACUUCUUUAUCAGGAAAUUUGGGAACAAUUUCGUACAAAGAGUUGAAAUGGAACAAGUCCCAGCAGGGCAGCAGCCGCUAUAUGCAAGGCUGGUUCUGGUUUCUGCUUCAGACCUAGACAUAAUUCUGAAGGGCUUGCCAAAAGCCAAGUACUCAAUCAAUGGAAAGCACGUUUGGGCUCGAAAGUUCAAGCGUAGGAGCACCAAGUUUCUUUUAUCACCAUACUCGAAUCCGACCAUGUUCUAUGAAAAUUAACCUAGUUUCUUUUAUCACCAGAAAACUAGGAAUUUAAAUAAAUAUUCUAUGAACAAAGAGUCCAUUGUAGCACUCUUUUUGUUGUGAAUCGUUUCAUGUUAAGCAAACCUACUUUGUUAUUAUGAUUAAUAAUAUUGGAGUACAAUAGUCCUUGGUAUUUGAUUUAAAAAAUACCAUGGUAUCUGUGAACACGAUAUCAUUCCUAUGGAUUUGUAUUUUUUAGUGAAUUUGGAAAUUCUUGGUAAUACAAUGCAAUUUGUCCAGGGAAGUAAAAUGCUUUGCCAAUACCUAGAACUGUUAGUGGCACAACAAGCCAUAGGUCGAAAAUGGGUGCCGUGGAGCCAGGUUGAUUAUUGGUGAGCUGAUUGGUCCGUACCACACGGAGACGUAGUUCAAUUACGGCGGACCUCACCAUGGUGAGGAGAUUGAUGACAUGGCCAAACCCGAUUCUUCGAAGGGGUGUCAAAGUCCAACAACGGAUGAAUUUUUGCCAUGUUGGGUGGAGGAAGCGAUCAAGAUGAAAAUAGAUAGGGCCGUUGCUAAUAGGCUAAACACAACAUAGGAACCGGUUUGAAUUUUAUGUGUGGCCCGAGAUAGCCAUCCAUGGUUAGGACUUGGAUGAUCACCUUGCUGUUAAGCACAUCUAUGGUUGUAGUUAAGAAUGCUACUCGACCUUUAAUUAAUGGCAUGAUAUUGGGUAGGGUUUUGAGGUCUUCUACUUCUUCCACCGUCCAGGAUCUUACAUUGAAACCACUCGACUCACUGUCAUGAGCUUCAGUUUCUAAGGCUUCACGGUUCAAAUAUCUAUUAUGCCUGUUCUGAUAGCAAAUAAAUGAUUUUUUUAAUUAAAUAACUAUUCAUCUAUUAUACUUUAAAUCUAAAUAGAGACAAAAAGACUAUGGAAAAAUUAUGAUUCAAUUUGAUUUUGUCUAAGGGUGUGUGUAUAUAUAUAUAUAUAUAUUUAUGUAAGUUUGAUAUUAUAAUUUGUAAUCGUCAUUUGAGUCUUUUUUGCUGGAAGAACUCAAUUCAAAUAAAAAAUAAUGAAAGUUGGUAUGCUACUAUCAUUAAAUCUUACAUCAAGUUUUCAUAUGCAAAAUAAAUGACAAAAGUGCCUCAAGAGACACUCUUAUAUUCUAAGAUUCAAACGAACACUCUUUAGUUCAAAUUUAAGAUUCAUCCGAAUUAAAAUCUCAAUUCUAACUGCUGAAAUAAAAUUUUGUAUUUAAAACAUAAGAGUUUAUACUUCUAAUUUUUAAAGUAUUAAAGAGAAAUAUCCAACAUGACAUAAAAUAAGCAAAAAAUAUCCACACUCAAUUUAUAAAAUAUUACGCGUUUUGACUCAAAAAUCUUAUGAUUGUCUUACAAAAAAUGUUUCACAAAUUUUAAGUUUAAAUUUUUACAUAUAUAUCAUAUUACAU